GGCAACUGAGAACGCGCAACUACAAUCGGAAAUGACGUAGAGAAAGAACUCAGAGAACACCUAAACAAGCGCGACUGUGGGAACCAGCGCCGUAACUGCUCGAACUCAGAUCACUUGUCGCAGUUAAAUGAAGGGCGGGGGGGGUUCGUGUUACUAACAUGAUAUUCGCCCAUCAUCGUGGCAUUAGACACAACUUUUUCACCAACCAGCGAGGAAUAUAAACGGUUUUCUUCACUGUGUGUGACAUGCAACACAAAACCAAUCACAACUUACGUCUCCAGACGGGGAAGCGACGUUUUUUGAUUGACAUUACUAAAGAUUCACUGGGCUUUACCUAGUCUUUCUGUCAACCAACACACGAUCUCAAAUUAGUGGAAACGCCUCUAAAUGGAAAUGACGCUGCCGGGAGCCAAUUAAAAAGUGUCUGUUUCCGAACAGGGCGUGUGUUUAACGGGAAACUACAUCACCGCCGGCCAAUUAGGACCUAUCAAAUAUGUCGGCGGGCGGGACUUGUAACACUCGCGGUGUUCUGUUGAAUUCCAUUGCCGACCAUUAAAAGAAUCGGGGAGAGUGGCAGAGCGAGACAGAUAGCGAUAUUUAAAGAGACAGAGAGAUUAAUUUUAAAACGCAUUAAUUUGAAAACGUAGGCACCGCGGAUUUCGUCUGACUGCCCCUUUAAAUAGGAAACCAUUCUGGAUAAUUCUUCCUAAACGUUUUCUUAUAUAAAAAAUAAAGUGAAUGUUGUUUCUGUCAUGAGUCCGGCCGGGUGCUCCCAUGUGAAUAGCUUUAAGGUGGAGAAUUGGAAACAGAAUCUGCGAGUCAUAUACCAGUGCUUUGUUUGGAGCGGGACUGCCGAAACCAGGAAACGAAAGGUGCUUCAGAAAGAUGCUGGAUGGACGACAAUGGCAAAAUCUUGUAUCUGUCACAUGUGCGGCGCCCACCUGAACAGACUUCAUUCCUGCCUCUACUGCGUCUUCUUUGGCUGCUUUAACAAGAAACACAUUCACGAACAUGCAAAAAACAAACGGCAUAACCUGGCCAUAGAUCUAUUAUAUGGGGGUAUAUAUUGUUUUAUGUGUCAAGACUACAUAUACGACAAAGACAUGGAACAGAUUGCUAAAGAAGAACAAAGAAAAGCAUGGAAAUUACAAGGUGUCGGUGAAAAGUAUUCAACGUGGGAACCAACGAAACGCGAAUUGGAAUUACUACGGCACAAUCCCAAACGUAGGAAAAUAACUACAAAUUGCACCAUUGGUCUGCGAGGCCUAAUAAACCUAGGGAACACUUGCUUUAUGAACUGUAUUGUCCAGGCUCUUACCCAUACCCCACUGCUUCGAGAUUUUUUCCUCUCGGACAGACACAAAUGUGAAAUGCAAUCCAAUUCCUGUCUGGUUUGUGAAAUGUCCCAGCUUUUUCAAGAGUUUUACUCUGGACAUCGAUCCCCUCACAUUCCCUUUAGGUUAUUGCACCUGGUGUGGACGCAUGCACGUCAUUUAGCAGGGUACGAGCAGCAGGAUGCACACGAGUUCCUCAUCGCAGCGUUAGACGUGUUACACAGACAUUGCAAAGAUGAUGACAAUGGGAAAAAGGCCAACAACCCAAACCACUGUAACUGCAUCAUUGACCAAAUCUUCACUGGUGGGCUACAGUCUGAUGUCACCUGUCAAGUCUGCCAUGGUGUUUCCACUACCAUAGACCCGUUCUGGGAUAUCAGUUUGGACCUGCCAGGCUCUUCCACCCCCUUUUGGCCGCUGAGCCCGGGUAGCGAUGGGAGUGCAGUGAAUGGAGAAAGCCAUGCAUCAGGAACCACCACACUCACAGACUGUCUACGAAGGUUUACAAGGCCAGAGCAUCUAGGAAGUAGUGCCAAAAUCAAAUGUAGUGGUUGCCAUAGUUACCAAGAAUCUACCAAACAGCUCACAAUGAAAAAGCUACCCAUCGUAGCCUGUUUUCAUCUCAAGCGGUUCGAACACUCUGCAAAACUGAGACGGAAGAUCACCACCUAUGUGUCCUUUCCGCUGGAGCUGGAUAUGACUCCGUUCAUGGCUUCUAGUAAAGAAAGCAGAAUGAAUGGCCAGUAUCAACAGCCAGUUGACACUUUAAACAAUGACAAUAAAUAUUCCUUGUUUGCAGUCGUCAAUCAUCAGGGAACACUGGAGAGUGGCCACUAUACCAGCUUCAUCCGACAGCACAAGGACCAGUGGUUUAAAUGUGACGAUGCAAUCAUCACCAAGGCUAGCAUCACGGAUGUGUUAGACAGUGAAGGGUAUCUGUUAUUUUAUCACAAACAGUUCCUUGAAUACGAGUAGCCUAACCUGAGAAAGUGAAAGCCUUCAAAACGACACACAAACCUACCUGAAACUCUUUAAAAAAAAAAAAAAAAAAAAAAAAAAGUUAGUCAGCACUGAGCGACCAGUACCUACUUGACAGUGAAGAAGGAAAGAAACCAGGAACAUGAAACCUGGUUUUUGCCAGGGUUGGGAGGCUAAAUCGCAUGUUUAUAGAAGAUGGUCACCCUCACCUUCACAGCUGAUCCACUGCAGAGACCGAUAGAGAGAGAGAGAAAUAAGAGGAGACAAACCCUGGGAGUGGCACAUCUCAUGAAUCACAAACUCUUUUUGUUUUUUUUAUUUUUUACUUUCUUUCCCCAUGGUGCUCCAGCUCCAACUGACCAAUCAUUUAAGAAUAAGAAGAAAAAACUAAUUUUUAAUGCAUAUGGGUCUGAAAGCAGAAAAACUAUGGUAUUAUUAAAGACUUUGCAAGUCCUUUUUAUUUGUGAAUCUAGUUAUGAAAUGCUGUAUGAAACUAGUCCUUUUUUUUUAAACUCAUUUGGAACUCGGACACGCUUUCAAUAUAUAUAUAUAUAUAUAUAUAUAUAUAUAUAUAUAUAUAUAUAUAUAUAUAUAUAUAUAUAUAUAUAUAUAUAUAUAUAUAUAUAUAUAUAUCUGUUUUUCCGAUGGACUGCCGAUUGACACUGUGGAGGGCCCUUUGGUUUUUUUUGUUUGGUGGUUUUGUUUUUUGAGGGGGAGGGUGGCUUCAUUUGAAUUCAUGUUUACUUUUUUCCACCCUUUUUCAGGAGAGAUUUUCAGAAGUGUACUGCCAUGGUAAAAACUGUAAUGAGUUGGCAUUGUGUUCAUCGUGAAAAGUCGUCAUAUUGGUAUUCCGAUGGAAUUAGAUCACUUGGAUGUGAAAAAAAAACUAUGUAUUUAAAAUGCUCCAUUUAUUACAGUUUGUACUACAGUGAAAGCAGGGCUGCUCAUGCUUAUGUAUGGUGCAUUCUUGCUUGAUUGAUCAGUAUUAAUCCCACCAGUAUCUGUGUGUUAUAUGCAGUACAACAAUACAGUGCUGUACUGAAUCAGUAAUCAGUAUCAGUAAAACAAGCAUGCAAUUAAAACUGGAUAAGAGAGCAGCUGAAGGCUCGUGUGUUUAACAGUUUAAGUUUCUGUCUGUGAUUUUCCCCGCCCCCCCCCCCCACACACACACACUUUUGUUACAAAUAGGCCCUUGUACAUUAAAUGAAAGGGAACUUGUUACUUACUGUUUUGACCUUCAGCUAUAUUAUAUUUGUAGUUUCAUUUUAUGACCUUCGAAUUUAAGACGCACUUUUUUAACCAUCUUUUGCUUCUCAAAAAUAGACUGCAUUUUAAAUCUGUGUACAGUAUAGUGGUGCUUGUAUUAAGAUCGCCAACAAAAGACGUGACUACCCGAGUACACAAACAGCAACAUGACUGACUGCCAAGAAAAGACGUCACUGCCCGAAUACAUGAGCAGCAACGUGACUUACUGCCGAGAAAAGAUGAACCAAAAUGUUACUGCCCGAUCUUGAAUCAUCAAUGACAUACAGACAGCCAUUUUCAAAGAAGCGUCAUUAGCUUCCUGAGGAAGUCAAAGAGAAGCUUCUACAAUUUAAGAGUUUCUAACAAACAGUACAGCUUGGACAGAUCGGAAAUGUUGAUCUGACCCCUGUAUUUUUCGACAUGCCAAAUUAGGAGAAAAACAGGUGUGAGUAAUCACGACUGGGAAUGAGAAGCAGCACAUAACUUUGUAAAUACAGAUUUAUUUGACAAUUUAUUUUUUCCUCAAAUUGAGGGUGUGAAGUUUGGGCUGCGCCUUCAUUUUGAAGGAAUACGGUACAUCGAAGCUGCAUUCAUAGUAAAUGCUGAAUUUUCCAAAGAUUCAGGGUGUUGUGAUUGUCAGGACCUUCAAAACAUCUACACUUUUCUAUCCAGGUAAUAGAAGGACCAGGUAAAGAAAAUAAACUGUUAUCCACUGCAACGGCCUGUGUGCAGGCUAUAGAGAUGAAAACAUCAGUUUAAUAUUUACAUCUAAAUAGCCAAGGUAGAUGCUGAAGGACAUUUGAAAUAUUUUUUUUGUCUAUUGAAUCCUAUGUAGGCCCUGCAAAUUUGCUAAUUUGAAUCCUACUUUGCAACAUGGUGUAAAAUUAUUUUAUUUUUGGCAUUUUUCCAGACCCCAGUCCUUUAGCAUCUGCCCUUGCUUAGAUUUCAAUAGCAAAAAAAAAAAUACAAAUAUUAAAACACCCUUAACCACAUUUGGUUUUUACCUGAGGGAUGUUUCAAAUGUUUAUUUUUAUUUUAUUUACUUUUGUAUGAUGGUACAAAGCUUUACAGCAACAGAAUACAUUCUGUUUGACUUUUCAGAGAAUAACUUGAAAUAUGAAAUCAAAUGAACCGAUCUGCUCCACCUGUAAGAGGUUAAAGCAGUUUUAAGGUGUUUGGUUUAAGACGUUUCCUUUUCACAUUGUGUCUUGUGAUCAUGUCAGGCAUUUUAAGAACUGCAAGACAUUAAAGACCGGCCAGGCUGUGUGGUUAAAUAAUUGCUUAUUGGUAAGCCAGAGUCAUCUACUUAUGCACAAAACCAUACGAUGACGACCCUGCGUGACAGAGGGUAAAGAUCGGUACAAAGAAAGACUGAAAUCCACAUUACAUUUUGUUUUACAUUGUUUGUAAAUCAGGCUUAAAUUAAAAAUGUUGCCCAGGGUAAUCGGAACAGGUAACUUAAAAUUAAAAUACCAGCUCUAUA